AUGAAUCAAUAUUACCAAAAGAUUUAUUUAAGAAAUAUUAAUUUAGCACGAGCUAUUGUUGAAUAUAAUCAUUAUGACAUGGAUAAAAUACCUAAACUUGUUGUUCCACAUAAAAAAGUUAUUGAUACAAUGGAACAAUUAGUUCCAUCAUGGUUUAAUGAACAUGAUUAUCGUUGCAUACAUUGUUUCAGUUAUGAUGUAGUAUUUACACCAUAA